CAUCACUGGUUGUCUUCGGCCGCAAUCAUGCUCACCUAAAACCUUCAUGUCUUUCCUCAUCAUUACCGCUGCAGAUGUGUCCAGAAUUGUAUCAUCAAUCCACCACUCUAGGCUUGAAAAUCUGAUGGCUUUCGUAUUUCAUACCUUAUCCUCAGGUUCUGGCUUCGAUGCCCCGUUGCGUGAAUCAAUCACUAUGGCGCAACACAAUGCACUUUUCAUGCCCGCACGAGUGCAGGGAUUAGGGACCAGCAUCAAGGUGGUCUCAAUUCCGCGUCAUCUUGUCGAUCAAGGCGGGCUUCCUGCGUCCAGCCUGGUUUUGGACGAAACCACGGGCGGCAUACGUGCAAUCGUGAACGCGAGGCAACUAACAGCUCUUCGCACAGCUGCUGGUUCUCUGCUUGCUACGCGUCUUCUCUUGUCUGUUCGAGACCCAACCACGUUCCUCGCUUUCGGAGCUGGCAAGCAAAUUGAGGCGCACGUGGAUCUCCACCUUCGUGCCUAUUCGACUAUCAAAACUUGCACGAUAGUCAACAAGUCAGACAAUCAAAGGCUGACCGACCUUAUCAUCCGCCUAAAGUCAGCUCAUCCAACAGUCACAUUUCAGUCUCUAAUUUUGAAGGAUGACCUUACUCGACUGGAACAAGUUACCCGUGCAGCCAAUAUCAUAUGUACAGCUACAUCUUCAAAGGAGCCACUUUUCGAGGCGAAAUGGGUGUCUCCAGGGACACAUCUCAAUCUCAUUGGGAGUUACACGCCUGAAAUGGCAGAAGUCUCUUCAGAAUUGCUAUAUCAGGCUGGAAAAGUGGUUGUGGACUCAAGAGAAGCAUGCGCGUCUGAGGCUGGGGAGCUCAUAAAGGCCAAGUUUAAUGAAGAGGACAUGGUUGAAAUUGGAACGCUGGUCCAUUUUGACAACGACUCGCCGGAUGCUGACUACAAGAAGGUUCACGCGUUGUGCGACGAGGUAAGACAGGCUGGUAAAAUCACUAUAUUCAAGAGCGUGGGGGUAGGAUUGCAGGACGUAGCCAUCACGAAUAUGGUGGUGAAUCUCGCGGGAGAGAUUGGUACUCUUUUUAGCUCCUAUGAUUAAUUUUGAUGAUCAGUUUUACUGAAACAGUAAAUUCACAAAUCUACAUUAGGCCUCACUAGCACUAGCUAGCGCAACCUGCUGGAGAAAUUCAAGGGUUCUCUGCUCGCUGGGGUCAUUUACAAUUUUCACAGUUAAACAGACAUAAGCAUACCUUGUACAUGUACAAUUCACAUUCUUACAGCACGCCUCCAAAGAUUCCUAUCAUCAUGGCACUCCCCAUACUCGAUUAAAGACAUCAAGAACUUGAUCAACCAUGGUUCAUCAAAUGUUCACUCGUCAAUCCCA